UAAGUCAGAAAGAAAAAAAACGUAAACAGCAACAGUCACAGCAGUGAAUUUUUCGUGAUAAACAUCUUAUUAAAUUUGAAAGCAAACAACACAACUAAAACAAACAAAAUGGUUCGCCGUGGACGUUCAGCCAGCCCCCCACCAUCCGCCAGACGCGCUGCUCCGGCACCCGCUCGUGCUGCCGCCCCAGUGCCGGCACGUGCUGCCGCCCCACCACCGCCACCAGCACCGAUGGCUGCUCCCCCCAGCGCCGUCGGUAUGCCGGCGCCCCAGCAGCCCUCAAUGUUCCAGCAAAUGGCCGCCACCGCCGGCGGUGUUGCAAUUGGUUCCGCCAUCGGCCACACCGUGGGCCACGGCCUCACAUCCAUGUUCAGCGGCUCUGGCGACAAGGAAGCAGCGGCCCCAGCACCGGCUGCAGCAGCUCCCCAGCAACAGCAGCAGCCGUACUACGCUCAGCCCAACGAACCUCAGGGCACCUGUGCCUGGGAGCUCAAACAGUUCAUCCAGUGCGCUCAGGGCCAGUCGGAUCUGACGCUGUGCGAGGGAUUCAAUGAGGCGCUGAGGCAGUGCAAGACUGCAAAUCAUAUGCAGUAGAGAAGCUGGAAGACAAUACAACAACAAAAACAUGCUCGAGAGAACAUCCUCGGUACAUACACACACAACCGUCACAACCGUCACCUUCCAACAUCGACAGACGGCGUACAAUGUUGAGCUAAAGUUGUUUGUAAAUUAUUUUUUUUCCGUUAGUUUUAAUUGUUUAACUCCCCAAAGGAUAAAAAUUGUUUAACCGUAGUGCGAAAUAUUGUUCAAUAGAAAACCCCAUUGGCAGCAGCCCCAUCGCUGUCAAC